UCAUUAAUUUAUGUUCCAUCUGGGUCGUGAUUAAAACCAGGUGUCGGGCGAGACUCAGUGCUAGCCGUCUAUAAAAUUGAACGUGGUCAUGCAGAACCAACAGGAGUCAGCUGUAACCCCAAUACUAGUACACGUGAUUACAUUACAUUACUGACUUUCUACAUAAAGACAGUGUCAAGAGUCGCUCUUCUACAUGCCUGGUGACUUUAAAUAUGUGAUUUACAAUUACCCCUAUAGUAAGGAAAUGCAUGCAGUCAAUCUGUAUUAAAGAAGACGGGAAAUCAGUUGUAAAACUAUUAGCUAGGUCACAGUUAAGGAUCAAAGGUCAGGAGCCCCCCUGAGCAUACGCUGUUAUAAAGUGAAAACUUGUUUUUUUAACUUUCGGAUUUUAUACCUACACAAGUGUAGGUAUACACUUGCCUGGUCAUACUGAAACAAGACAGGUCGCAGUGAUGUUUUCUGGGAGAGUGGCUGUCGUGACAGGGUCGGCCCAGGGGCUGGGGAAGGUCUUCUCCGGAGUCCUCCUGGAGAGGGGGAGUAAGGUCUGUAUUUCCGACGUUAAUCAAAGUGAAUUAGAGAAAACUUACAAAGAGUUCAAAUCAAAGUAUGCCGAAAACGUCAUAUCCCAGCAGUGUGACGUCACGGAUACAGAGCAACUCAAAGAGGUUUUCAGGAAAACCAAAUACACAUAUGGACAACUUGAUCUGGUGGUAAACAACGCAGGGAUUGUGAAUGAGAAAAACUGGCAGCAAUGCAUCGACGUUAACCUGAACGGGACGAUCCGCGGAACCAUGCUGGGGAUGGAAUACAUGCGGAAGGACAAGGGCGGUAAAGGGGGCCUUAUACUGAAUAUGUCCUCUCUGGCUGGAAUCUUCCCUGUGAAUUAUACUCCCGCCUACGCGGCCAGUAAACACGGAGUUAUAGGUUACACCAGGAGUUGGUCAAUGCACCCGGAUGUAGUAAAUAAUGGCGUCCGGUUAGUCUGCCUCUGUCCAGCUUUUGUAGACACAGACAUGAUAAAAAUGGAUGACGACUCAAAAUUUGUCGGAACAGAUUUGGCUCAACAAGUGAUUGAAAAAUUUGGGAUCAUGAGCACGGACCAUAUAAUCCCCGUGUUUGUGAACGCUAUUGAGGAUGAAGAAAACAAUGGGAGCGUCAUUUCCAUCACGUUGAAAGGGGCGAAUAAGGUCCCGUUACCUAUGCCAUAAGUUCGAGUAGACUAGUUGUUGUUUUUUGUUCGUCACCCUAUCGAUUUGUAGCACUAGAAAAUCAUUUUACCAGUAUGAUUGCAAGCAACUUGAAAUUGUUUUUAUCGUUUCUAAUAUAUAUUCGUCUUUACUACUAGAUGAUAGCCCGCGCAAGCGCGGGAAGUAACACUACACACUAUUAUCAUAUAAUGCGUAAUAUGUUGAACCAUAUUUUUGUUCAUUUUUGUAUAUACUUUGUCCGAUUUUUUCUCACCUUAUUCUUUAAAUUUGAAAUGAAAAAUUAAACUGCAUUGUUUGAUAAUUAGAGGAGCGGGCAGGGAUGAAAAAUCUAAAAUGAAAUGUGUAAUAUAUAAAUGUACGUGGCCUGUUUGUUGCAGCUGACCGAAACAAAAUAAGCUUCAUAUUGUAUUUAUUUCAAAUCAGUGAUUUGGUAUUUAGUGUAUCUCUCUCUAAAUUUGGUUGUUUUGGUCAAUUUUCGAUAUAGUUUGUAUUACUCUCCCAAAUAAGAAUUUCAGAUAUAGGACGGUUUUGAAAAACAAUCUGGAGGGGGAAUCCCCAUUCAACUUAAAAACGUAGAAUACAAUAAUCUGUUCAUUAAUAUUUACAAAUUAAUGUCUAAGGUUUACAAUCAAUUUGUCGUGGUAUAAAAAAGUAUGAAAUUAAAACACGCUAGAUUAUGCAUUACUAUCUAUGGAACGCCAUCGCUGCCUUAUAGCAUAAAAAUAAAAGUACAUUAUGUCAAAUUAUCAUUACAUUGUGUCAAAGUCCAUUACGUGGUGUGAAUCUAUCUUUACCUAGGUCUAAUCGUUAUUACGUGAUGUCAAAAGCACGUUAGGUGAAGUAAACAUGUCUUUACAUGAUGUCAACUUUUUACGGUGUGAUGUAAAAUCAUCCUUACGUUAUGCCAACAUUGUACAACCAAAGGUCAAUACAUCAUGACAUUAUUUUGACACUGUAUUACAUGGGGCAAAUGUAUCCUUACAUUAUGUCAACAUUUUCUUUCAUGAUAUCGAUAUAUCCUUAAAAUAUAUCAACAUUGCAGUACAUAUCGCGAUUCUAUCCUUACAUUAUGUCAACAUUUUGUUACAUGAUAUCAAUAUAUUUUUACAUUUUAUCAACACUUUAUCACAUGGUUUAAAUAUAUCGUUUUAUAAUGUCAACACUUUAUAACUUGAUGUCAUAAAUUUAUCACGUUAUGUAUAAACUUAAUAAUGUGAUGUAAAUAAGUCUUCGCUGUAGGUCAGUUCUCUAUUUCAUGAUGUACACGCUCCAUUACUUUUUGUUGAAACAUCAUUUUGUUAUGCAAACAAGGAUAUCCUUGGCUUUUCUCUAUACAUAGAAACGGUAAUCUGUUUCCAGAAUGGAUCCAGGGGCUAUUGGAACUUUGUGGAACGGAACGGAACCAGUAAAGGUCACCCAAUAAAGGGAAAUUUAAAAAAAAAUUAGCAAUUUUGUUUUUAUUCAUUAUAUUUCAAAAUAAGUUUGAUCUUUAAUGUUUAUGUUUAGAUUCGUUGUUUAAAGAAAAAUAUAGAUAUAUUACUUACUACUCUAAUAUUAACACAUUACAGUUUUUUUUACAGCAGAACUUACUAACUGGUUUAAGCUAGCAGAAGAAUAUUCUAUAUUAGUUAGAGAUUUAAAACAAACGAAACACAUUCCCAAGUAUAACAUCUUUGAAAUAACAAUGUCAACAGUACUGUAGAUUUUAUUUCAUAUUAAGUUAUCAAUUGUCCUCUUGAAUGAAAGGGGGAAUAUUCAUUCGUAGAAACAUAGGGUACUCCCUCCACAAACAUUAUUCCCACCCCUCUGCAAAAUAAUAACAAUAGCAUAAUAAUUUUGUAGCAGAACGGCCAUACCCAGUUAGGGUCAAUCUCCUUAAUUUAAAUACCAAUAGCAACGUAUAUUUUAAUUAAAUGUGAAAUUACAAAAUUAGAUAUGUACUGGGUUUCUGCGUCACGGCAUACAUGCUUUGGAAUGAUAAAGAACUUGACUGUUUAAUGACUGAGUGUGUAGUAAAGAACUUAAUUUGUAAGUUAAAAAGUAUAACCAAAGAUAAAAUUAAAUAUCUUUAUAUUUAGAUUUUAAAACAAAAAGGGUUUAAUUUAAGCUUUUAUUUUAUUCUAAGUAUUUAAGGGCCGAUGAGCACGAGAAGACUUCCAUUUUAAGUCUUUAAGUACGUAGACGUUCAUUCACUCUCGGGAAAUAGUCAGCAACUAAGUCACUUACAGCUCUCAGAAAAAACUUACGUAGGCUUAUAUAUAUUUUC